AUGGACCAAACACAGAGUAUCCCGGACCAGCCUUCUUCUGUACCUCCUUCCCAGCCCAAGAGGAAAAUGACAUCAAUGAUAGCUUUCUUUUCCAAGGUCUCUUGGAAAUUCAAGUUCCAGAAGCAGGAGUCUUCAAAGAAUGUGUUUUUCAUCUUGGCAGAAAGAGCUCGGGACCCCAAUGCCAAAAAGCGCCACCUGGCAAUGAGAGGCCUGGGCACCAUGGCUUGUGAAGCCCCUGACCAGGUGAGAAAACACAAGAAAAUUAUGCUAGAUCUGCUGGUGCAUGGAUUGUAUGACCCUGUGAGUUCUGAAGUCAUCCACGAGAGUAUGAAGACACUGACCAUCAUCCUGGGCAAGAUUCAGGGCAAAGGUUUGGGCUCCUUCUUCGUAGACAUCACGCUUCAGAUCAGGACUUUAUUGGAUGAUGAGAACGACAGCAUGAGAUACUUGGCCUUUGUCUUGCUCGGGCAACUGGCGGCCUUUGCUGGGUGGAAAUGGAAGAAGUUUUUCGCCCGUCAGGUUAAGCAGACACGAGAUUCCCUCCUGAUCCAUUUACAGGACAGAAACCCACAGGUUGCCACGGCUUGCAAAACAACUUUUCGAGCCUGUUCUCCGUAUCUGAAACUGAGAAACGAAAACAGCUUCCGGACAGAAGAAGAUCAAAGGAAUCCCAAACUCUCCAGGCAGCUGAGUCACUAUCAUCCAGAGCUCCUGCAGUUCUUCUACGCAAAUAAAAUUCUGUAAGUGGGAGAGG